AUGGCUAAUUAUUCUGCUGUUGCACCCUCUUCACCAAAUAUGCAGCCUAUCACCUGGUUUUCAGAUACGGCUGCAAAUUACCACAUCACUCCGGACCUUCAAAGUUUAAGUGCCAUUAAUGAAUAUCCAGGUUCAGAUCAGCUUCAUGUAGAUGGCUUAAUAGACCGUUACAAGGCGCGUCUUGUUGCUAAGGGUUACACACAACAGUCCGGUUUUGACUAUCUUGAAAUCUUUUCUCCCGUAGUCAAAUUUACCACUGUUCGAACAGUUCUUACUCUUGCCACAGUUCAUAAUUGGCCCAUUCAUCAACUUGACAUCUCUAAUGCGUUCUUACAUGGCCAUUUAGACAGUGAAUUAUAUAUGGAACAGCCGCAGGGGUAUGUUGAUUCUUCCAAGCCUGACCAUGUCUGCCAACUUCAUCGCUUUCUUUAUGGCUUGAAACAAGCUCCUCGAGCUUGGUUUCAACGCUUGUCAAACUUUUUGGAGGGUCUCGGUUUUCACUCCUCCAAGGCGGCCACGUUAUUAUUUAUUCUUAUUCAAGUGGUCCCAACCUUGAGCAAGAUAAUGUAUGAGCUGUUGUCAAAUUCUGAGCAAUAUCAUAAAAUUGUCGGUUCCCUGCAAUACAUGACCUUGACUCGCCCAGACAUUGCAUUUAGUGUCAAUAAAUUAACUCAAUUUAUGCAUUGUGCAAGAGAAGUUCAUUGGCAAGCAGUGAAGCGUCUACUUCGCUAUAUUCGUGCAACAACCAACAUUGGUUUGUUCAUCUCCAAGAAUACCUUGCAGCUUCAAUGUUUUUCAGAUAGUGAUUGGGCUGGCUGCCCUGAUGACCGGUGUUCCACUAAUGGAUAUCUAGUGUAUCUUGGCAACAAUUUAAUUUCUUGGUCGUCAAAGAAACAACCUAUUGUUGCCCGUUCCUCAACGGAGAGUGAAUAUAAAUCACUGGCCAAUGCCACAGCUGAAAUCGCGUGGGUAAGCUCUCUUCUUCGAGAACUUGGCUUCCGAUCCGCCAUCUCUGCUAUCAUGUGGUGUGAUAACAUUGGUGCAAUUUACUUGAGUGCCAAUCCUGUUUUUCAUGCCCGCACCAAACAUAUUGAAUUAGACUAUCACUUUGUGCGGGAGCAAGUCAAGUUAGGUAGGCUUUCAAUUCACUUCAUUUUCGGUGCUGAUUAA